AUGGUGGUGAUGCCGUACGCCGGGUUUGGAGCUCUACGUGAGUGCGGUGGUCUCCGGGCCAUCUCUCCCCGCUCAGACCGUGUCCUACAAGAGCCUCAUUCAUGGGGCCGAUUAAUGGCACUCUUCCUUCCCGCACCUGAGGAGGUGAUCGACCCUGACGCGGAUUUGUCGGAGCCUGUGCUUGACCAGGAUAGCACGUUAGCCGCUUCUGAUGGAGCGUGGGCACCACCUGUUUCGAAGGUGCCCUAUGUAGCUCGUUGGACUUCGACGCAUGCCCCGAGCGACGCAGCCGCCGCUAAAUGGCAAGCUUUUGCCCAAAGGCGGUGCUUCACAGAAGCGCACAUGCCAGAUGGCUGCUUUGUUCCCAUGGAAGGCAAGCUUAGUGGCAAUGUCCGUCGUGAUGCGGAUUACGCCACGAGAAUGAAGCUGCCUCCUCCGGGCCGGUGCCAAGGAGAUCCGCGCUAUUGGCGCGUGAUUUUCGAGAAGAGCGAGGCCCUCUGGAUCAAAGACACUCCGCAAACAGUGGUGCGUGGGCCCGGCUUAUCCGUGGCGGUGAACACGCAGAAUGGCUGGAAGCCGAGAUUGCCAAAGCGUACCGCCGGCGUUGCGGUGGUAGCAGAGGAAGUGGCCUUUGCCACUUCCUCUACGAUCCGUUUGGGUACCGCGGCCAUUGCCGCGGUAAUCCUUACAGCCGCUGCGGCGACUUUGUGCAGCGUGCGGCGGUGGAUCCCCACCGCCAAAGCCCGCUUGCAGCUUUCUGGAUUUAAUCCGGAGGGCAACAGUGCGCUGCUGAUUCCACCGCCGGCUGACGACUGGAGGCCGGACCGGAAGACUCCAGGGUUUCUGGUGGAGUUGGGGGUCAGGUUGUCCGAUUUGAAGCGAGAGGAGAGAAAGGAGGGUGUAGCUUACCUUAGAUCCCUUUUGGAUCAAGCCGAGCACGAACAUCGUGCUGUUCGUGCUCAUGGGCUCAACGCUGCCGGCCGUGCUAUAUUGCAUCAAGAAUGCGCCUCACGCAAGUUGCAGCGUCAGACGUCGGACGAUAAGACGUACAUGCUCUUCUGGCGCGCGUCGCGGGUCGAUGGACCGUCGAGUCCCGGAGCUAACGCUUCGAGAGAGCCUCUAGAGACUCAGUUGCACUCCAGCCGAAGCGCCCCGGAAUUGCCUGUGGCAAUCAAGCGGGCUGAUGAAUCUCUUUCGGGAGCGACUCUUGCCAAUAAAAGUAUGCGUUCUACCGCAUCCGGCGGAGCCGAAUUCGAAUUGGCACUGCUUCGGCGCGAGUGUGACAGUUUCAGGCGCGAGGUGGAGAGGUGCAGGUGCACCGUAGGCGACACCUCCUGUGUCGAGCUUUUGCUCACCGCCUUUACCUACGACGAUCCAGAGCUGACUGCUGCCGCAACCGCUGCUAAGCAGCGAGGGGCCAAGUUCGAUUGCUUAUCGACCUGCAAAAGGCUCACGCAUGCAACGAUUCUGGAAGGAUCUUGCAGCAGCUUUUGGAUGCGAAGGUCGAGGGCCGCGGGUGAUCGGGUGCUUCUCUUUGUGGGGUCGCAUAACUUCACCAAGGCGUCCCGCGCUAAUCGCGAAUUCGUGACCGAACUGCAGUUGCCAGCAGGCGACACGCGAGUAGCCGCAUACCGUUCCUGGUAUGAGGGACUUUGGACCUCUUCCAAGGAGAUCCAGGCGGAGGCCGGUCCAGGCCCAAGCAGACGAUUCCGGGGGAAGCAAGCCCCGCGUAUCUCCGCGCCGAGCGCUUCGCCGACGACGUGA